AUGACUGUCCCCGACGAGGUAGAUAUCAUUGUGUGUGGAGGUGGUAGUUCAGGAUGUGUGCCAGCUGGACGUCUGGCCAAUCUCGACCACAAUCUGCAGGUCCUCCUCAUUGAAGCAGGAGAGAGUAACCUGAAUAAUCCAUGGGUCUACCGACCUGGCAUCUACCCCCGAAACAUGAAACUGGACUCAAAGACUGCUACGUUCUACUACUCAAGGCCCUCUUCGUGGCUAGAUGGACGUAGGGCCGUUGUGCCUUGUGCUCAUGUUUUGGGUGGAGGCAGUUCGAUCAACUUCAUGAUGUACACUCGAGCUUCAGCAAGUGACUAUGAUGACUUCCAGGCAAAGGGGUGGACUACUAAAGAGCUUAUCCCUCUAAUGAGGAAGCAUGAGACCUACCAGCGAGCUUGCAACAACCGUGACAUCCAUGGCUUCGAAGGUCCCAUUAAGGUCUCUUUUGGCAACUAUACCUAUCCAAUCAUGCAAGACUUCCUCCGAGCAGCUGAGAGUCAAGGUUUCCCUAUCACAGACGACCUCCAGGACUUAACAACUGGGCAUGGGGCGGAGCACUGGCUCAAGUGGAUCAAUAGAGACACUGGCAGACGCUCUGAUGCUGCCCAUGCCUAUAUUCACGCCACCCGUGCCAAAUAUCAGAACCUACACCUACAAUGCAACACCAAGAUCGAUCGUGUUGUUAUCGAGAACGGCAAGGCUGUUGGUGUGUUAACGGUGCCCACCAAGCCUGUUGGUGGUGCCAACCCAGAACGAAAGUUCUGGAAAGCCCGCAAGCUGGUCAUUGUCAGCUGUGGUACCCUGUCAUCACCACUUGUCCUUCAACGAUCUGGUAUCGGUGACCCCGAGAAGCUCAGAAAGGCUGGCGUCAAGCCCGUCGUCGACCUGCCUGGUGUGGGCUUGAAUUUCCAGGACCACUACCUCACCUUCUCCACAUAUCGAGCUAAGCCUGAUACCGAGUCAUUCGAUGACUUUGUCCGUGGUGUGCCUGAGGUUCAGAAGGCUGUCUUUGACGAAUGGAACAUCAAGGGCACAGGCCCACUUGCUACCAACGGCAUUGAAGCUGGUGUCAAGGCCCGCCCCACCGAACAAGAGCUUGAAGAAAUGAAGAGCUGGCCCACGCCAGACUUCAGUCCUAGUGGAUGGGAGAGUUACUUCAAGAACAAGCCAGACAAGCCAGUGAUGCAUUACAGCGUGAUUGCUGGAUGGUUCGGCGACCAUUUGGAUAUGCCCCCUGGCAAGUUCUUCACCAUGUUCCACUUCUUGGAGUACCCCUUCUCUCGGGGUUUCACCCAUAUCGUGUCACCAGAUCCAUACGAAGCACCCGACUUUGAUGCUGGCUUCAUGAACGACAAGCGUGACAUGGCCCCCAUGGUCUGGGGCUACAUCAAGUCUCGAGAGACGGCCCGCCGUAUGCAGGCAUUCGCCGGUGAGGUCACAGGCAUGCACCCUCACUUUGCCUUUGACUCUCCAGCCCGUACUGGCGACAUGGAUGUGGCUACUCGCAAUGCCUAUGGCGGUCCCAACCAUCUCACCUCCAAUAUCAUCCACGGCAGCUGGACCAACCCCGUGGAUGCUGGCACACCAGCCAAUACUGCCUUCCUCAACUCGAAUUGCCAGCCCUUCCGAGCCGAGCUCAAGUACUCCAAGGAAGAUAUUGCCCAUAUUGAGAAGUGGGUACAACGCCACGUUGAGACCACAUGGCACUCGCUCGGUACAUGCAGCAUUGCUCCACGUGAAGGCAACAGCAUCGUGAAGCAUGGUGUCUUGGACGAGAGACUGAAUGUGCACGGCGUCAAGAACUUGAAGGUCUCUGAUCUUUCAGUUUGCCCCGACAAUGUUGGCUGCAACACCUUCUCGACCGCCCUCCUCAUCGGUGAGAAGUGUGCUGUCCUCUCUGCCGAGGACCUUGGCUACAGCGGUGCUGCCUUAGACAUGAAGAUCCCCACGUAUCAUGCUCCUGGUGAAACCAUCAGCCUCAACCGCUUGUGA